GUCUAAAGGAUGUCGCGUGGAUAUUGCAUAUAGAUCGUAGCGUCGCUUGCGCAGUCUGAUGACGUCAGUUUCCCGGAAGCUGUAGUUCUUGCUUCGUUGAACUCAGGUUCUUUAAAAGGUUUACAGCGAUUUAUAUUGUAAUUGUAAGAUUGAUGUAGGCUGCCAGACAUGGACAACUGGAGCCUUGUUUCUAUGUGCGUUUUGCUUGGUCUAACGACGAGAUGGGCUGUAUCUUUUAACUCCUACUCAGGCGCCAGCAAACCACCGAUGUUUGGGGACUACGAGGCGCAGAGACACUGGCAAGAAGUGGCGUACAAUCUUCCCGUUCAUGAAUGGUACUUAAACACCACAGACAAUAACCUGAGCUACUGGGGUCUGGACUAUCCCCCUCUCACAGCCUACCACAGUCUUUUAUGUGCUUAUGUUGCAAAGCUCAUUAAUCCAGCAUGGGUGGAGUUGCAUACAUCUAGAGGUUAUGAAAGUUCUUCUCAUAAGUUGUUCAUGAGGACAACAGUUCUUAUUGCAGAUAUAUUGUUGUAUAUUCCAGCAGUCUUCCUUUACUGUUUCUACCUCAGUAAUGGAUCCUCCAAAAAGAAGGUUGCUACAGCCUUGUGCAUCCUACUUUAUCCAGGACUCAUUCUCAUUGAUUAUGGCCAUUUUCAAUAUAACAACGUGAGUCUGGGUUUGGCCUUGUGGGGUGUCGUGGGGCUUGGCUCAGGAUGGGACCUGCUUGGAUCCCUGGCCUUCACCUUGGCUCUUAAUUAUAAGCAGAUGGAACUGUACCACUCAUUACCUUUCUUCUGCUACCUGCUGGGCAAGUGUAUCAAACAGGGCCUUGUGGGCAGAGGGCUGUUUCUGCUGCUGAAGAUCUCAUUGAGUGUGCUGGCUACUUUUGCCCUCUGCUGGCUGCCUUUCCUGUCAGAACCACAGCAGGUGCUGCAGGUUCUGCAUCGUUUGUUCCCCGUUGCUCGCGGUUUGUUUGAGGAUAAAGUGGCGAACACAUGGUGCAGCUUGAAUGUGCUGAUAAAGAUCAAGACCCUGCUGUCUAGGGAUGCUCAGCUGCUUCUCAGUUUGGCUCUCACGUUUUUAUUCGUCUUGCCUUCAUCAAUUAAAUUGUUGACCAAACCCACCAUGUGGCAAUUCAAACUCGCUUUGGUGAACUCUUCACUGGCUUUCUUCCUCUUCUCAUUUCAAGUUCAUGAGAAGUCCAUCCUGCUGCCAGCCUUGCCAGUAUGCCUUCUAAUGAAUGAACUUCCACUCAUGGCUACUUGGUUUCUGUUGGUCUCCACUUUCAGCAUGCUCCCUCUGCUGCUGAAAGAUGGACUACUCCUGCCGUAUGCCGUCACCAGCCUGGCCUUCCUCUUCCUCUGCGUGUACCUUCUCUCAGCACUCCACAGAAGCUCUCAGGAGCUCCACCUCGGCUCAUGUUACAAUCUCACCCGAGGCUGCCUGUCUGCGCGCAACUUCAGCCUGCUGGUCAAGUGCGCGUUUGGUAUCUCGAUGGCGGCCAUGGCUGUGCUGAGCACUGCGAGUGCGGCGCUGGAGCCUCCGGCUAGGCUGCCGGACUUGUUUCCUGUGCUUGUCUCCAUUUUCUCUUGUAUGCAUUUCUUGGCCUCGCUACUGUAUUUCAACUUUGUCCAGCUGACAGAGCCACCCAGCAGAAGGGGUCAAAAGAAAACAAAUUGAGGGUCUCCAGACACCGAUUACAAGUCUUCAGUAAGGACUCUACAAAAAGGGAGAUGAUGGAGAAAGAUGUCGGAGGAAGCUCUUUUAAUUAAAAAGAAAUGGGCAUAAUCGGGGAAAUUAAAUUUCCUCUUAAUAGAUGGUUUGUGGAAGUUCCCCAUACUCCAUUUAAAAUGCUCAGUUUAAGAACAGAUAGAAAGUUUUGCCAAAAGACAAGGAUGUUUAUGGAGAAAGACAAAGCCCGUUAGUGUCAACUGUGAAUAUAAAAAUGCACUGUGAAAAUUACUAUCACAAGGACCAAUUGCUGACAUACAUUUAUUAACUUUUCUACACCUUAAUAAAUGCUUUAUACAAAAUG